GACUCGUGUGUUGAGCGUGCGGAGGGUGCGGACGCAGAGCAGCACAUCUUAUCAGCAUCCUCUGUCCUCCUCCUGAAGAGUCUUUGAGCCUGACACUGAACCUGAGAGAGUGAGAGAGAAACCUGAGAGCUGUUCAGCAUGGAGGGGAGGCAGGGUCUACUCCUCAGCCUCAUCCUGGCAGCGUGUUUCUAUGGCAACGCCACUCAGAGGACAGUCUGCACCCAAGAGGCCGUAGCUGACAUCGUCUUCAUGGUGGACGGGUCAUGGAGCAUCGGCGCCGAGAACUUCGAGCAGAUCCGUCGGUUUCUGUACACGCUGGUCAACAGCUUCGACAUCGGGCCUGAGCACGUGCGCAUUGGGCUGGUCCAGUACAGCACCGCUCCACGCACGGAGUUCCUGCUCAACACCCAUCAGAGCAAACAGGACAUCCUCCAGUACAUCAGCAAGUUACCGUACAUGGGGGGCGGAACCCAGACGGGACAAGGCCUGGACUUCAUGCUGAGAAACCACUUUGUGCAGUCGGCAGGGAGCCGGGCGCAUCAGAACGUGCCUCAGAUCGCUGUUGUGAUCACCGAUGGAAAAUCUCAAGACGACGUGGAAGUUCACGCCCAGAACUUGAAGAAAUUGGGAAUCGUUCUGUACGCCAUCGGUAUCAAAGACGCAGAUGAAGAGCAGCUGAAGGAGAUUGCCAAUGAGCCGCAUAGUCAGCACGUCUACAGCGUGUCUGACUUUGCAGCUCUGCAGGGGAUUUCUCAAAGCAUCGUCCAGACUCUUUGCACGACUGUAGAGGAGGUCAAACGACAACUCUCACAGUUGUCUAAAGAAUGUGCCCAAGCCACCAUGGCUGACAUUGUCUUCCUGGUCGACGGCUCCUCCAGCAUCGGCAUCGCUAACUUUGACGCGAUGAAACAGUUCCUCCGAAGCGUGGUCUCAGGCCUGGACAUCGGCCCUGACAAAGUCCGGGUCGGCUUGGCCCAGUACAGCGAUGAACCGUACAAAGAGUUCCUGCUGAAGGACCACAUGAACAAGAACUCCCUGCUAGAUGAGAUCGACAGAUUCCCGUACAGGACAGGAGGCACAGAAACCGGCAAGGCCAUGGACUUCCUCCGGACGCAGUACUUCACCGAAGAGGCGGGAAGUCGAGCUAGCCAGCGGGUGCCUCAGAUCGCCGUGGUGAUCACAGACGGGGACUCCACGGAUGAUGUGACUCUGCCGGCGCAGGCGCUGAGGAAGCACGGUGUCAUCGUGUUUGGUAUUGGGGUGGGACAGGCCAACCUGAAGGAGCUGCAGUCCAUCGCUAACCGGCCUCCAGAGCGUUUCCUGUCGACCAUCGAGAACUACCAGGCCCUCCUGACUCUCACUGACGGUCUGCUGCGAACCGUGUGCAUCUCUGCAGAGGACCAGAGGCAAGCUUUGGCAGAGAAGUUUGCAGACAUCUUCUUCCUGGUGGACAGCGGCAUGGCAGCAGCUCAGUUCCAGCAGGUUCGGACCCUCAUAACCCGCCUGGUCAAUCAGCUGAACAUCGGAGCAUCCGCAUAUCGCUUUGGACUGGCUCAGUAUGGCCAAGACGUCAAGGUGGAGUUCCUCCUCAACGCCCACCAGACCAAAAGGGAGACCCAGGCUGCCAUUAGGAAUUUUCGCCAGCAGAGGCUGCAAGCGGGUGAAAAACGCCGACUCGGCUAUGCUCUGCAGUACGCCAGCACCAGCUUCUUCACCAGCGCAGCCGGGAGCCGGGCUGACAAAGGCUUCAGACAGUUCAUGGUGGUUAUUAGUGGAAAAGACUCGGACGAUUCCAUGUAUCAAGAGUCACGUGUGAUCAAAUCCUCUGGAAUUACCGUGGUAGCGAUCGGUGCUGGCGCUUCAAAGGGGGAGAUGAUUGUCGUUGGAACAUCACCGUACGUUUACGAGUCCAUCAGUCAGAUCUCAGCACCAGAGCUGAAGGCCAUAUUUGAACGAGAGGAAGUGGAAGCCAUUCCUACUUUGGACUGCAAAAAUGCCAAACUGGCGGACAUCGUGUUUAUCGUCGAUGAGUCCGGUAGCAUCACGACCCCGAACUUCCAGCUGGUUCGUACAUUCCUGCACACCAUCGUGAGCCGCCUGGAGGUCGGCGUAUCAAGAGUCCGAGUGGGAAUCGUGACGUAUAAUGACAGGCCACAGGCACAGGUCCACCUCAACUCCUUCACUGACAAGGAUGAGCUGCUGAGAUUUAUCAAAAUCCUGCCUUACAACGGAGGAGGCACCAACACGGGAGCAGCCCUCAACUACACUAGAGAGAGUGUUUUUAUCACAGCGAAGGGAAGCAGGAAGGACAAAGGUGUCCAGCAGGUGGCGGUGGUGAUCACAGACGGUGAAUCCCAGGACGACGUCAGCAAAGCAGCAGCUGACCUGCGACGCACAGGUGUCACUGUUUACGCAGUUGGAGUCCAAGGUGCUGUUGAGGCCGAGCUGAAGCAGAUAGCGUCUUAUCCCACCAACAAGCACACGUUUAUCGUGGACAGUUUCGCCAAGAUGAAGUCGCUGGAGCAGGUUCUGCAGAAGACCGUGUGUGUCAACAUCAUCCGACAAGCGGUGUCCGUCAAUAAGAAAAAAACAGGCAUCAAAGAAGGCUGCUUUCAGACGGAUGAAGCGGACAUUUUCUUCCUGAUCGAUCACUCAGGGAGCAUUUACCCCUCUGACUUCAGUGACAUGAAGAAGUUUAUCAUCGAGUUUCUGCACACUUUCCGUAUCGGGCCCCAACACGUCCGCAUCGGCGUUGCAAAAUACGCUGAUGCACCAAACUUAGAGUUCGAUCUGACUGACUACUCAGACACCAAGGCCUUGGAGAACGCUGUGUUGGCCAUAAGGCAAGUAGGAGGUGGCACAGAGACAGGGAGAGCGCUGGAUUUCAUGAGCCCACAGUUCCAGCGGGCAGAGACCACCCGUGGUCACAGAGUCCCUGAGUACCUGGUGGUCAUCACCGAUGGGAAGUCCACCGAUGAUGUCAAGGCUCCUGCAGCGAAGCUGAGGGCACAGGGGGUCAAGGUGUACGCCAUCGGAGUGAAAGCAGCAGAUCAGGACGAGCUGAGAGAGAUUGCCGGAGACCCCAAGAGGAUGUUCUUUGUCAACGACUUUGACGCUCUGAACCCCAUCAAGGACGACAUCGUCACAGACAUCUGCUCUCCAGACGCUUGCAGAGACCAACCAGGGGACAUUAUUUUCUUGAUUGACAGCUCUGGUAGCAUCAAACCUGACGACUACUCCAAAAUGAAAGACUUCAUGAAAGCCGUUGUUGGAAAGUCCAUCAUUGGGGAGAAUGAUGUGCGUGUUGGCGUCAUGCAGUUCAGCACCAGACAGCAGCCAGAGUUCCGACUCAACGUCCACUACACUCAGGACAGUUUGAUUCAAGCCAUCGAUGGCAUGGUGCAGUUUGGCGGUGGUACACACACGGGUCAAGCCAUCACAGAAGUGUCGCAGUAUUUUGAAGCAGCCAAAGGAGGGCGACCCUCCCUGAGACAGAGGCUGGUGGUGAUCACAGACGGAGAGGCGCAGGAUGAAGUGAAAAGCCCCGCCGCUGCUCUGAGGGCCAGAAGAGUGGAUAUCUACGCCAUUGGAGUGGUGGACGCCAACACCACCCAGCUCCUGGAGAUCAGCGGGUCACCGCACAGGAUGUACGCUGAGCGGGACUUUGACGCUCUGAAGGACCUGGAGAGUGAAGUGGCUCUGGAGCUGUGCGAGCAGAAGGGAGAUUGUAAGAAGACAGAGAUAGCCGACAUCAUCUUUCUGGUGGAUGGCUCCCGGAGCAUCUCGUCAGAAGAUUUUAAAAGCAUGAAGAAGUUUAUGACAUCCCUGGUGAACCAGACCAAUGUUGGCAAAGACAACGUUCGCUUUGGAGCCAUCAUGUUUGGCGACGACCCCCACAAUGUUUUCACCCUGAAGGAGUACCAGUCCAAGCGAGAGGUUCUCAGAGCCAUAGCGGCUCUGAUAUCCCUAGGUGAAAACACAUACACCAGCAAGGCCUUGGAAUUCACUCUGCCGUAUUUUAAUGCUGAACACGGCGGCCGUGCUGAUCUCCACGUGCCUCAGAUUCUGCUGGUGAUCACAGAUGGAGAUGCUACAGAUGCUGUUAAUCUGGUCCCUCCCUCCAAGGCACUACAAGACGCCAGGAUCAACGUGUUCAGUGUUGGUGUGGGAAAACUCAACCAGACACAAUUGAAGAUCAUGGCUGGGAACGACCAGUCCAGAGUUUUUAAUGUGGAUAACUUUAAAGCCUUGGAAGGUCUCUACAAGAACAUCUCUCAGGAACUCUGCAACUUUGCAGUUUGUGAAAAACGAAAGGCAGACCUGGUCUUCCUCAUGGAUGACUCCGGCAGCAUCAACCCCAACGACUUCACCAUCAUGAAGAAUUUCAUUACUUCGGUAGUAAACAGCUUCCAAGUCAGCCAGGAUUUGGUGCAUGUGGGAUGUGCCAAGUUCAGUGACAGCUUCGAGAACAACUUUUUCCUGAAUGAGAUGUUCACCACAGAGGCUGUGACCAAGAAGAUCAUGGAGAUUGGGCAACGUGGAGGAGGCACCAGAAUUGGCGCGGCUCUGCACAGAAUCAAAGAGCACUUUGAGUCGGUACACGGCAGCCGCAGAUCUGAAGGGGUCUCCCAGAAUCUGGUGCUAAUCACAGACGGGGAUUCUGAGGAUGAUGUAGAGGACGUAGCAUACAGUCUCCGAAAAAUGGGGAUCGAGGUGUUCGUCAUCGGCAUCGGAGACGUUCACGACCUAGAGCUCCUGCAGAUCGCCGGCACACCGGAGAGGCUCUUCACCGUGGAGGACUUUGGCAGCUUAGAAAACAUCAGGGGCGAAGUCGUUAAGACAAUCUGCAAAUCAAAACCUAUCGAAGAACUCAAAAGCUGCACAAUUGAAAUCGCCAUGGGGUUUGACAUUUCCCAACCACGCCGAGCUCCAGGUGAGCUGUUGUUCAGUGGUCACACAAAGCUGCAGAACUUCCUGCCUGAGAUCGCCCACUAUGUUUCCACCGUGCAUGGCCUGUGCUGCGUUACCUCCGGUCCUGUGAACACCAAAAUCGCCUACCGUGUGGUGAGCCGAGAGGGAAGCCUCCUGUACGACACGAGCUUUGAGCCGCACAGUGUCGCCAUAGUGGACAAAGUCAAAGCCUUGACCCGGCAGCCAACGUACUUUGACGUGACCUUGAUGGAAUCGUUCAAGCAGAAGAUGAGCUUAUCUGGAGCUGGGGUGAAGGUCGUGGUGAUCUUCUCUGACGGACUCGAUGCAGACUUGAUGGAAAUGGAGCGACAAUCAGAACUGCUCCGACAGUCUGGUGUGAGCGCCCUGCUGGUCGUAGCUCUGGAGGGAGCUCGGGACCCCGCCCAGCUGCAGAUGGUCGAGUUCGGUCGAGGAUUCGGAUACAGUCUUCCCCUGUCCAUCGGCAUGCCGAGCGUCGGCAGCACCAUCCUGAAGCAGAUCGAUGCUGUGUCUGACAGGGAGUGCUGCAACGUCCUGUGCAAAUGUUCGGGGCACGAAGGCAUCCGAGGUUUACGGGGCAACUCGGGGUUAAAGGGUGUGCCCGGACAAAAAGGUCACCAAGGAUUCCCAGGAGAUGAGGGCCAGGCUGGCGAGCGAGGUUUCCCAGGACCGAGUGGACCUCAGGGCGUCCAGGGCUGCUCCGGGAUCCGAGGACUGAAGGGCUACAGAGGGAUCCGAGGAAACAGGGGCGAGAACGGAGACGACGGGCUGAACGGAGUCAACGGAGAACAGGGAGUGACGGGACCAGACGGAGGUCGAGGAGACAGAGGACACUCGGGAAACCCGGGUAUCCCAGGUAUCCGAGGAGAGCCGGGGCUGAAAGGACAGCGAGGACUGAGAGGAGAUCCGGGUGAACCAGGACCUAAUAACAACGUACCAGGACCUAAAGGAGACCCCGGGAACCCAGGUGUGCCGGGACAACCUGGACCAGAGGGACGGCCCGGUGAGAGCGGAGUCGUUGGAAACCCUGGUCCCAAUGGGAGGAGAGGGCCUCUUGGUGUGAAGGGUCCACCUGGACCAAAAGGAGACCCAGGCAGCCAGGGUAACCCUGGAGCUCCAGGUCCACAGGGUCCAAGAGGAGUCGGAGGACAGCCUGGACCCAUAGGAAUCCCCGGCCUCCCUGGACCUCAGGGUGCUUCAGGAAGACCUGGAGGACCUGGACCUGGAGGGCGCCGUGGACCUAACGGACAGAAGGGUCAGCCUGGAGAUCCAGGUGAUAAAGGAAUUCCAGGACCUCCGGGGCCCAUAGGGAUGCCGGGUCAGGAUGGUACAGACGGUUAUGGAACUGGAGGAGCCAAAGGAGCAAAGGGAGACGCUGGUUUUCCUGGAUACCCUGGUCUCCCUGGCGAAGACGGCCUGAAAGGAUCUAAAGGAUAUCCAGGACCUAAAGGGAACCAAGGAAGACCCGGGAAUGCAGGCCGCCCAGGAGAGUCCGGUAUACUUGGAGAGCCUGGAAAUCCAGGACACAAGGGUCCCAGAGGUCCUCCAGGAAAAAUGGGCACAGAGUGUGAGCUGAUUACCUACAUCAGAGACAACUGUGCGUGCUCCAUUGGUCGAUCAGAGUGCCCCGUCUUCCCCACUGAGCUGGUGUUUGGCCUGGACAUGUCUGAGGACGUGACCCCAGCAGCCUUUGAGCGUCAGCGCUCCGCCCUCCUCUCCCUGCUGGAGGGCGUUUCCAUCGCCGAGAGUAACUGUCCGACCGGCGCUCGUGUGGCCGUGGUGGGAUACAGCAGUUACACCAAGUACCUGAUCCGCUUCCAAGACUACCACCGCAAGGCAGAGCUGAUCAAGUCCGUAAAGAACAUCGCCCUGGAGAGGACGUCCAACCGCCGCCACCUAGGCGCUGCCAUGCGCUUUGUGGGUCAUCAUGUCUUUAAACGUGUCAGAGCGGGGAAGAUGAUGAGGAAGGUGGCCGUCUUCCUCUCUAAUGGGCCAACACAGGAUGACGGUGAUAUCGUGACCGCCAUGAUGGAAUACAGAGGCUUCAACAUCAUCCCAGCUGUCAUCUCUCUGAGGAAUGCGCCUAAAAUUAGUCGGGCGAUGGAGGUCGAUGACUCCAAAAAAGCCAUCUUCACCGUGCUGGGGAGGGACAUGAACGCUGACCUGCGGAGGAUCAAGAACUGUGCUAUCUGUUACGACCCUUGCAGCCGUUCAGAGGAGUGCUCGUUCAUCCUGGAGCCAGAGAGGCCUCAGGAGGCCAAUAUGGACCUGGUUUUGGUCCUGGAUGGAUCCAGGGAGAUGAAGGCUGAUGAGUACAUCGGCGCCCAGCACCUCCUGGGGUCCGUGGUGGAGCAGCUAGUCGUGAGCCCCGAUCCCAGCAGAGCCGGUAACCAGGCCCGGGUGGCUUUAAUCCAGCAGGGUGGCAGCCAGGUCAGGGAGGAGUUUGGUCUGCAGAGCUACCAGAGCCAAGAGCUGAUGAGGACUCACCUGACCCAGAGGGUGCAGCAGCUGGGCGGGACCUCGACGCUGGGACGGACGCUGGAGUACGCUCUGAGGGAGCUGCUCCUGAAGGCCAAAAACGCCCGCAGGAGGAGGGUACUGCUGACCGUGGUGGGCACCCAGACGGCCUACGAGGACCAGGCCAAGCUGCGCUACAUCUCCCAGAAGGCCAAGUGUGAAGGAGUGGCGCUGUUCGUGGUGACGGUGGGCGAGCGCUACAGCCGGACGCAGGUGGAGGAGAUGGCCGGUCUGCCCGUGAACCAGCACCUGGUCCACGUGAGCAGGAUGAACGCCGAGGAGCAGGGCUACUGUCAGCGCUUCUUCAGAGUCUUUACCUCCAUCCUCAACAGGGGAAUUAACCCUUAUCCUCCGCCUUCACUUAAACGAACAUGUGACCAGCUGGAAGAACAAGUCAACGGGCCGAUAUUCAACAGUCCGGGUCAGGCGGGGUUCACAGAGGUGGACGUGGUGGGGGACGAGGAAGGGGGGCGCUUCCAGGCGCACACGAGAGGACAGACUCAGCAGACCGGCCAGAUCGACAUCAUCGAUACGCUGAUCAGAGGAGACGGCCAGACAGCGACGUCUUCGUCUACAUUUAACGCCCGGUGUCUGCUGGGGGCUGAUACUGGGAUCCAGUGUGCCGACUAUGUCCAAGCGUGGUUCUUUGACACCGGCAUCGGUGCAUGCUCCCCAUUCUGGUUUGGCGGUUGCGGCGGCAACGCCAACCGCUUUAAAACGGAAAAUGAAUGUCUCCAGACAUGUGGCAUCCAUAAUCCAGACAUCCUGCCCAAACCGGAGCUGGUCAGCUUCACCUCCAAAGACGCCUGCUUCCAGCCUCAGGACCAGGGCGGCUGUCAGAACUACACAAUGAUGUGGUUCUUUGACACCGAGCAGAACGAGUGCUCUCGCUUCUGGUACGGUGGCUGCGGCGGCAACGAGAACCGUUUCAGGACGCAGCGGGAUUGUGAGAGCCUGUGUCUGCUGAAGAGCCGGUGAGGAGGAGGAAGAGGAGGAAGACAUCGCUGGACACCAAACAUGAGAAAAACAGACAUGCAUGCUCAAGAAAAGACACAGAAAACUUCAUCCACAGCUGGCUUAGCUGACGGACAGUUAAACAGAAAUCUGCUCAAACGCCUUCAGGGAAAAAGUUUAACUGAUCCUGAUCAGCUGAUCUUUAAGAGUGUCUGUUCCUGAGCGUGCAUGUUCCUGUUCCUCCCAUAGCACUUCAUUUUUACCAAACUUCACCAACACUCAACACCUGAUAAAAAACACUAAAACAUGCUGAACUGUUUGACCACUUCUUUCUUUCCUCACUAAAGGUGCUAUUUUUAUAAAGAGGAUGAGGCUGAACAUGGAUGCUUUUAUUCAGACUCAACAUGAAUGUUUGAAGGAUUCACAAACAGUUACUGUAAACGGCUACGGAGGCUCUUAGGGGACAAAAGCAGGAGAUGGUUUGAGGUGUGCAACAGAAAAUAUUCAACCUGACAUUCCAGAUAGACUGAUUCAUACAUCCAUUACAUAGAUUUAUAUUCACCCUGAAACCUCACAGAGGAGGGCAGGAAUAUAAAAAAAAAUCUGUUUAAGCUCUGGUAAAACGUGGAUGUAGCAUCCAAGCUAAAUGCUACAUCAGCAAAAUGAUGAAACUUUCAGCUUAAAACAGCAAUCUUUUUCCGGUUUGUUUACACAUUUUAUUUAAGUGCCUGGUAACAGAAGAAGUUGAAAAGCGGUCCUGUUUUUAAGUCAUAU